AUGGCAGACGCGAAUAUUGCUGUGAGUGAUUUGAAUAACUAUCUUUCAUUUCGCCAAGGCAUUGAUCUUGAAAGAGAUAAAUUAAUCGAGCGAUAUUUCAAGCUUGGAUUGAAAUAUAAAGAGAUAUGUCUUUUUCUUCUCUCCUUGCAAGGCAUUGAAAUCAGUGUACGCCAUCUCAAAAGAAUAUUACGACAACGACAGCUAGGACGUAGACGUAAUCCAAGCUUGCAUAGUAAUGAUGUUUAUGAAGCUUUGCAUGAGGAAAUUGAAGGUAGCGGAAGUUCUAUUGGUUAUAGAUAUGCAUCAACGACUUCGUAG